UGGGCAGCCGCUGCGUGGUGGAGCUGCUGGCUGUCCGGCCUCUCAGCACAGCUCGAGGUGCUCUGCCUGGUCCGGCGUGAGAUCCCCUGGGCUUUCCAGCUGAAGCUGGAUACCCUGCUCGGCCCGGAGCGAGGAUGGAGAGGCGGGUGUUCGGGAGGUCCUUCUGUCAUCUGUCUACCUACAGACUGACUUGGUUCUUGGCAGCAGUGAUGCUAUGCAGGGCACAAGUGAUGACCGAAGACAAAAGAGAGCCGCUGAACACACCUGCUUCCUUACAAUGCUUUCUGGAAUCUUCCCAGGAAGUCUUGAUUGUGACAUGGCAGAAAAUCAAGGCCGUAACCCCAGAAAACAUGGUUACCUUCAGCAAUGAACAUGGGGUUGUGGUCCAGCCUCGUUAUAAGAAUAAGAUGAACAUAACUGAGCUGGGACUUCGGAACUCAACCAUUACCUUCUGGAAUACCACUCUGGAUGAUGAAGGGUGUUACAAGUGCCUCUUUAAUACUUUCGGUGCCGGGAAGAUCGCAGGAAUAGCCUGCCUCACUCUCUUUGUACAGCCCACAGUAUUCCUUCGUUAUAAAUUCUCUGAAGACCACCUAAAUAUCACUUGCUCUGCCAAUGCCCGCCCACCCCCUGUGAUCUCCUGGAAGGUCCCUGGGUCAGGAAUGGAGAACAGUACUGAGAUUAUCUCACACCCCAAUGGGACCACAUCUGUCAUCAGUGUCCUCCAGGUCAAAGAUCCCAAGAGUCAAGUGGGGAAGGAGGUGAUCUGCCAGGUGCUGCACCUGGGGAAUGUGACCAACUUUAGGCAGACUGUGAACAAAGGCUUUUGGUUUUCAGUUCCACUGCUGUUAAGUAUUGUUUCCCUGGUAAUUCUUCUGAUCUUAAUCUCAAUCUUACUAUACUGGAAACGUCGCCGGACCCAAGACAGAGAGCCUUAGAAGAGUCACAGAACCCUGAAAAUGAUUCGCUGGUCUACUUGAAUCUGACACAGGAAGAAAGCAGGAGAAAAAGGGUCAUUCUCCAGGGACCUAUGAGAGCAAAAGAGGUGGAAAUAAAAGGCCUAAGAAUUUCAAGACUUUCUACUGCCAUCUAAGCUACCCACUACUUGUGUGAGUUCCAAGAGGAAGUCAUUUUACCUCUCAGGUCUGUUGUAGGAAUCGAUUUUGUAAAGCAGUGCAGUGUUGUGCCAUCGAAUGGAUGCUGGACUUAGAAUCAGGAGCCACAGCUUGAGGCUGGCUUUGCCUGAGAGUGGAGGCAACCCUGUUAAUCACAUUAUUCAAUGAACUUCCAUGAUGGCAUCCAGAAAACUAAAGAGUUGGACCAGAUAAUUUGACAUUCUGCUCUAUACCUGAAGUAAUUCCAGGAAAAAAGGAAGAGACAUGAAAAAGAGAGAGGAAAAAAAUUGGGAAGGGUAAGGACCAAAGAACUUUUCUGAGACUACCUUUUGCUUUUCUGUGGCAGUUCCAUCUCUUCUUCCCUUAUUGUUCUUAGGCUCAUGAGUCCAUUUCCUUGUCACUUGGUAUCUAGUCCACUACCUACUUACUGCUUUAAAAGCUGCUCUCUCUAGAACCCGUGGUUUCACUGCUAUUCUUCAUGUAUUGCUGUGACAUUUACCACAAUGAAAGUGGGGUUGAAUUUAUUGUGAAAUAACAUUGGUAACCCUCACUUUACUUACCUAUUUUUAUAGCAGAAUAAAUAUUGUUAGUCUUAGAUAGCCGCUCACAUUUGUUUAAAAAAAAAAAGGCAUGCAUUCUUUGUCCAUUUGUCUCCUAAUGUGACUCAGCCCUAUUUUAGUCAUUCUGGGUUCAGGCUAGUAUAAUGAAAAUGUAUUAUAAAAACAAGCAUCGAGGAGGUUUCCUAAAUAGCAAUUGGCCAGUUCAAAUGCUUUGUUUCUCCUGUCUUCUUUUCCCAUGAGUUCACUUUUCCCAGUAGUAGAGGAAGCAUGUAUAGGUAUACAAUUCCCUUUGUCCUAAAUAUAUUGUUUUAACUAGUGGAACAAUUUUUGAACUCUUUAAUAAUCAUAAGACCAAAUUAGUGAUUUUUUCAGUAUCUUUUGCUUUCUUGUCUCCAUCCAGUGACCUAGAAACUAAAACUUAAGUUGUUUUUACUGUUGA